GGGAAAAUCAAAACCCUAGAUCUGUUCUCUGCCUCUCUCGGCUCGCGAUCGCUUUCACCUCUGGUUCUCCUUCCUCUCCUUCUCGUCGUCGCUCGCGAGCACCGCUGGUCCACCAGGUUGCGGAGCUCCUCGCGCCGAGAAUCCAGUGUAGCCAGCUUGAAGCCAAUUCUCCUUUGAACAAUGGUGCUUGGCCAGCAUUCUGUGACAGAAACAUACUAUGAUAUUUUGUGUGUCAAAGAAAACGCGAGCUAUGAAGAAAUUCGUGCAACCUAUCGAUCUUCUAUACUCAAUUAUCAUCCGGAUAAAUUACACACAACUUCCGAGAGGGAUUGUGCUGAUCAUAGCAUGGCAAAUAAAUUUCUGAUGAUUCAAAAAGCUUGGGAAGUCCUCGGUGAUGCCAAGUUGAGAAGACUUUAUGAUACUGAACUGCAGGCUUCAAGACAGGAUACCGGAACUGCAGAGGACGUCAGCUUAGAGGAUAUGAUGGUUGAAGAUUCUGGAGAUGUCUUACAGCUCUCUUAUCAAUGCCGAUGUGGGGAUUUUUUCUGUGUUGAUUCUCAGGAUUUGGAAGAAAUGGGUUGCCCAAUUUUGAGGGAUGGGAGUGGUAUGAUUGUACGGACAUCGGAUAAUUUACAGGCAUCAAUAGUUCUUCCCUGUGGCUCUUGUUCUCUGAGGAUUCGGCUUUUAAUUGAGCCAGAUGCUAUGGUUUCUGUAGGAUGAUCAGCUCUAUCAUCUUGAGAGAUUUUGGUCUGCCCAAUUCAUUCGAUUUAAUUGAAUGGUAAUGUUUCGUUUUGCGCUUUCUUGGUUA